AUGAAGAGGGCAAUUCUUUUGGCGACAUUUAUGCUUGUUUUACAUCAAACAAAAGGCUACUCCCACUCAGGCCAGCCGACGGCCUCAGUGACUUGUAACUCCAACCACACUGUGGAUAUAUUGAUCUCAAAAGUGGAUGAUGCAGGACUUUGGACCGCACCAGAGUGGACUACAAAGACAAACAAGAAAACAUGUCAACCAACAAUAGAUGAUAAUGCUAGAACAGUUACCUAUGACAAACUACGCCUCCCUGACUGCGCUUUCGAGUCAAACCAGAAAGCUGAAGGAAUUCAAUACAUCCUCAAAAUCAGCGCUGCAAAGACUGCAGGUGAUUCAAAUGGACCGCGGUUGCGCGUUUACGACCACCUGUACUACGUCACUUGUAACUACGAUAACACAGGCAAAGUUUCAGGGAGUUUUGUGCCGAUGAAAAACCUAGCGGUUAAUGAAACAGAGGACGGAGUUUUCACAUUUACUCUCGAGGCGUAUGAAGACGACGCACAUACUACGCCAGUUCCCGACCCUGUUGCUCUGGAUGUAGAGAUUUACUUUAAAGCUGAAGUCAAGACUCAAAGCGCCACACCCAGCCUUGACUUGUACCCUGUGCGAUGCUAUUCAUCAAAAAACAGAGAUCCAUCCUCCAGUGAGGGUAAAUUUACUAUAAUAACCAACGGUUGUGGCAGCAAUUCUGUCAGCGCAGACCUCAUGGACACGUUAUCAUACUCAUGUGCUGACGACAGCAUAUCUGAAACAUUCUCACUCAAAACUUAUCGGUAUUUUGGAGGAAAUCCAAGAGACACUGCUUACAUCCACUGCGAUUUCAGAGUUUGCUUGGCAGAUGUAGCCAAUACUGCGUGUGAAUGUCCAGAUAAUCCUGUCACUUGCACAGGUGUUCCAUCCGCUGAUAUUGCACCAGCUCCACCGGCGCGUAGACGUCGUUCAAUCUCUGAUUCGGUGGAUGAGUCACAGCUUUAUCAUGUUGUCCACGGUCCAUUCACCUUUAAGCAAGAAGAAAUGAACAAAGAGAAAGUUGCAUCUGAAGACCAAGAGGAGACCAGCCACACUUACCAGAUAGUAGCAAUUGUUGGGGCAGUAUGUGGUGUUGUGGCUGUAUUUUUCAUGUGCGCUGCUGUCUACCUUGUCAUCCGCUAUCGCAACAAGCGCUCGCAAAAUCGAGAUCUUCCUGUGGCAACCUAA